AUGGCCGGUGGACUAGGAAACGUUCAGGAUGUGACAGCAGAUAUUGAGGCAUUUUGUAAAGAGGUCAAAUCCACUGUAGAGAAGCAUGCGAACAAGGCGUAUGAUGUCUACACUCCCAAAGCAUUCAGGGAACAAGUCGUGGCCGGGUCAAAUUACUUUGUCAAGGUGCAUGUGGGAGGAGAGGACUACAUCCACCUGCGCCUCUUCCAGGACCUGCCCUGCAACGGCGGCAAGAGGGAGCUCCACAGCCUGGCCACCCACAAGACGGCAGCAGAUGAGAUCCUCUACUUCUAGACAGCUCACAGACCCAGAGCCCAGAGGCCAGACCAAGAGCCCGGACCGGACCCGGACGCCGGACACCCACCCUGCCUGCCUACCGCAGAGAAAUACAACAAAAAGCAACACAAAAUCCAACACAACGGCACCGUCCUGAAAUACAACAAAUAAAGGCAUAGAAGCCCCUAAAGGAAGCUUGUUACUUUAAAAAGACAGAAAAUCCAAUAAAUGUU